UGAAAUAGUGAACUGCUCCUUUAAAAGCGGAAGGGGCACUCAGUGAGAGGUGUGUUUGUCAAAAGAUAGAUUUUGUGUUCAUGCUACUUCUGACAGUGACAGCUCGAGCUGCCGAUCACCUGCUCUGUAAGUGAUUUGAGAUACAGAGAAAGGAUGGCACCAAAGAGAAGUGCUGCCUCUUCCACCAAAGUCACUGAAGUGGGUGGAAAUAAGGUGAAGCAAGAGCCUGACACAUCAAAGGAUGCCUUUUCCUCUGCCAAAGAGGCGCUGAAGGUUGCAGGGCCACACGUUAAGGGCAAAAGUAAGGCUGAUGAGCAAUGCUUGCUGUCAGAACAGCAUUCAGGAGAGGUGUAUGAAGAUUAUGACUGUAUGCUGAAUCAGACCAACAUUGAAAAAAACAUCAAUAAGUUUUAUGUCAUUCAAGUGUUGAGUACAGGUGCAUGUUACUACUGCUGGACCAAAUGGGGGAGAGUGGGGGAAACAGGCCAGUCAAAACUAUCAGACCCCUAUGUCAGCCCAGACAAAGCCAUCAAAGACUUUGAGAAGAAGUUCAAAGACAAGACAAAGAACAGCUGGAAGGAGCGUGACAACUUUGUGUCUCACCUGGAGAAGUACACCCUGAUAAAGGUGGAUGGAGGCCAGGAUGCAGAGGUCAAGGUGGACAAUGUUGAUGGGAAGAUUGUCAAGGGGCCCCAAAACAUUCUGCCUUGCACCCUGAAUAACCCCACUCAGAAGCUCAUCCAUCUCAUUUUUAGCAACGACAUGGAGUGCAUGGACCUGGACAUAAAGAAGAUACCCCUGGGGAAGCUGAGCAAGCUGCAGAUCGCCAAGGGCUUUAAAGUGCUGGAGGAGAUUGACGGAGCUAUGAACGCCAGCCAGACCAGCAGUACCAAACUGGGGGAGCUCUCCUCCAAGUUCUUCACCACCAUCCCACACAACUUUGGACGCGAUAGGCCCCCGGUCAUCGACAGCUCUGAGAUACAGAAGAAGAAGAAGAAGAUGCUUCUGGUGCAGGCUGAUAAAGAGAUAGCCCAGAACCUGAAGGCUGAGACUGAGAAGACCCAGGAGCUGAUGGAGGUGGAGAAAGUACCUCAUUCACUGGACCAGAAAUAUCUGUCUCUCAACUGCAAACUCUGUCUACUAGAAAGAGAAACACAGGAAUUCAAGGUAAUUGAGAAAUACCUGAAGGCCACUGCAUAUAGCCACAGCCAGCCAAAGAUUAUAGAUGUCUGGGAGGUAGAGAGUGAGAUUGAGGCGGAGCGGUUCAGGGAGAAUGACAAUCUGGAGAACCGGCGUCUGCUGUGGCACGGCACCAACGUGGCAAUGGUUGCGGCCAUCUUGAACGGUGGCCUAUAUAGUCACUUCAUGCCCCAGUCAGGGGGCUGUGUAGGCAGGGGCAUCUACUUUGCUUCGGAGAUCAGAAACUCUGCUAAUUACGUGCAUACAUCUGGAGGCAUCGGGGUGAUGUUUCUGAAUGAGGUGGUGCUAGGGAAGGAGCACACCAUCACGAAGGAUAACAGCUCCCUGAGGAAGGCUCCUGAUGGCUACGACAGUGUGGUGGCUAGAGGACGGUUGGAACCAGACCCGUCCAAGGACAUCUUCCUGACUCUGGAUGGUAAGCAGGUGGCUGUGCCUCAGGGUAAACCCACCAAGCAGCCCCAGUACAAGGACAGCUACUUCUGCAACAGCAAGUACCUGGUCUACACGGAGAACCAGUGUCGCAUCCGCUACCUGCUGGAGCUCAAGUUUUAACUGGAGACAAGGAGAGAGGGAGGAGGCACCUAUGCAUUCUAGGAGAUGAUAUUAUUCAAGUCAUUCUUUUUUAUCAAUAGACACCUCUGUCACUGUGUGCAAUUUCCAACCAAAGUUCCCUAUAAUAUCAUAUAAAUACUCUGUGCCUUGUCCUUUAUAGUAUCCUAACAGGCUUUGAGUGAACAGUCUUCCAUGGUCUAUUGCAGUGGUUCCCAAACUUUUAAUUGUCCCGUACCCCUUCAAACAUUUAACCUCCAGCUGCGUACCCCCUCUAGCACCAGGGUCUAAUGUUGUUUUUUGCCAUCAUUGUAAGCCCGCUACACACACACACACACACACACUAUACAAUACAUUUAUUAAACAUAAGAUUGAGUGUGUUUUUAUCACAGCCCGGCUCGUGGGAAGUGACAAAGAGUUCUUAUAGGACCAGGGCACAAAUAAUAAUGUAAUAAUGAAUACUUUUGCUCUUUAUUUAGCCAUCUUACUGUAAAUAUAAAACUUUAUUUGUUCAUCAAAAAUUGUGAAUAACUCACCACAGGAGAAGGGUGUGCUUGAAAGGAUGCACAUAUCUCUGCAGUGUUAGGUUGUAUUGGAGAGAGUCUCAGUCUUAAAUCAUUUUCCAUACAUAGUCUGUGCCUAUAUUUAGUUUUCAUGCUAGUGAGGGCCAAGAAUCCACUCUCACAUAGGUACGUGAUUGCAAAGGGCAUCAGUGUCUUAACAGCGCGAUUUGCCAAGACAGGACACUCCGAGCGCAGCCCUAUCCAACAAUCUGGCAGUGGCUUCUGAUUAAAUACAAUUUUCACAGAACCGCUUGUUGCAAUUUCAAUGAGGGUCUCUUGGUCAGAUAUCGGUAAGUGGACUGGAGGCAGGGCAUGAAAGGGAUAACUAAUCCAGUUGUUUGUGUUGUCCGUUUCUGGAAACUACCUGCAUAAUUGCGCACCCAGCUCACUCAGGUGCUUCACUAUAUCACAUUUGACAUUGUCUGUAAGCUUGAGUUAAUAGGCACACAAAAUUCAUACAAUGAUGGAAAGACCUGUGUGUUGUCCUUGUUAAUGCAGACAGAGAAGAGCUCCAACUUCUUAAUCAUAGCCUCAAUUUAGUCCCACACAUUGAAUAUAGUUGCGGAGAGUCCCUGUAAUCCUAGAUUCAGAUCAUUAAUUCGAGAAAAAACAUCACCCAGAUAGGCCAGUCGUGUGAGAAACUCAUCAUCAUGCAAGAGUUCAGACAAGUGACAAUUAUUGUCAGUAAAGAAAACUUUAAGCUCGUCUCUCAAUUUAAAAAAAAAUGUGUCAGUACUAUGCCCCUCGAUAAUCAGUGCACUUCUGUAUGUUGUAAAAGCGUUACAUGGUCGCUGACCAUAUCAUUGCAUAAAGCAGAAAAUAAGCGAGAGUUCAGGGGCCUUGCUUUAACAAAGUUAAACAUUUUCACUGUAGUGUCCAAAACAUCUUUCAAGCUAUCAGGCAUUUCCUUGGCAGCAAGAGCCUCUCGGUGGAUGCUGCAGUGUACCCAAGUGGCUUCAGGAGCAACUGCUUGCACGCGCAUUUCCACUCCACUAUGUCUCCCUGUCAUGGCUUUUGCUUGUUAUUUCGCUGAACACUAGAUGGUUUAAUUACAUUUUUGUGCAGUGAAAUGAGGCUACUCAGGCGAGAAAAAAACAUCACCCAAAUGUAUAGCCCCAUUGGAAAAUCGAAAUGCACUGUUUGAAAAUGUGAAACACAUUUUUAUUUGGCGUACCCCUGAUGGCAUUGCGCGUACCCCUGGGGGGAAUAGCUGGUCUAUUGUAUUUUGCUGUUGGCAGUUUUACUCGUAACCUGAGCUCAGUUGGUAGAACAUGGAACUUGCAAUGCCAGCGUUGUGGAUUUGAUUCCCAUGAGGGACCAGUACAAAUGAAAAUGUAUGCGCUCACUACUGUAAUGACUAAAAUGUAAAAAAAAUAUAUAAUGUACUCUCUUAAAAUUACAAUCCUUAUUGUAAAUCUACUAGUCUAGAUAUUUACUUUGAACAGACAAAUAAUGUAGCAAGAUUUUCGAAUGUACAGUAAUUGUGUUAUUUGCCAACUGUAAUUUUUGUUAUUGGAGGACUGCUCUCUUUACCUUUACUGGAUAUAAAGUCUGAAUACUGUACCUUUACUAAUGCAAUACAGUACCUACUUGUGUCUUCGUUCUGGA